GCACAAGUGGCACUCGGCAGCUGGAGUGGCCCCAGCCUUCCCCGGCCACCCGGGAUCCCAUAAAUGCCCCCGGGCCCGGGCUGGCAAAGGAACAGGAGCACACGGAGAGAUGGAGGACAGCUCUAAAGAGGCGCUGAUGGAGGAGGCACCUCCGAGGUACACGGAGUCCCCGCGCCUGCCCUGCAUCCCCCACGAGCUCAAGAGCCUCUUGCUGAUGGUGGCGCUGGUGGUGGUGGCCCUCGUGGUGGUCAACGUCACCUUCCUCCUGCUGGGGCUGCACCUCAGCGAGUCACACGCCGAGACGGUGCUGCGAAUGAGCAUCCACGGGCUGGACGGCGAGGGGAGCCCCCAGAAGCUCGCCAUGAGCCAGAAGGGAAGGAGCGGCACGUUCGCGGUGCGGGACGGGCUCAACGGCUCGGCCGCGGUGGUGUACGACUACAGCAAGCUGCUGGUCGGCUACAGGUCCUGGCGUCACCGCGCCUGCUACAUCACCCGCGUGGACAAGGACAACUUCCCGGGGCUGGACGCUGUCACCGAGACCUUCCAGCGCCGGCAGGAUGAGGACGUUGGGGACAAGGCCGUGCCUCUGGCUGACCGCUCCAUCCUGGGCACCACCAUCAACAUCCUCUGCAGCGCCGUCCCCGUGUUCUGGGCGUAUGUCCCUAUCUGUGUCCCCCCAGUCUGGAGGAUGGAGGCCUGGGGACAAGGGUCCUUGACCCAAUGGCCUCGGAGCCUCUCGAGCAGCAGGUUCCCAGGGGGAUCCAGCUGGGAGUGGGCGCUCAGCAAACACCAGUGGAGUGGGUCACAUGCCAGGGCCUGGCUGCACCCCAGGGCCACCAAACCCUUCACAGGGUCCCCACCCCAGUGCCCCAGUAUAAAGUUCCCAGUCCCUGCAGCCAGGCUGGGCUGGGAAUGGGAGCAGGAGGAGGAGGAGGAGGAGGAGGCAGCCAUGGAGAGCAGCAUGAAGCAGGUGGUGCUUGAAGAGGAGGACUCGGGGAACGGCUGCUGCUGCCCAGGCUGCUGCUUGCCCUGCGCCACGUGCUGCGCCAAAUGCUGCACCAAAUGCAGCUUGUGCUGCGCCAAAUGCUGCUGCCUGCCCAAGUGCUGCCAGUGCCCCAAGUGCCCCAAGUGUCCCAAGUGUCCCGGCUGCGCCAGCUGCUCCGGCUGCCUCAAGAAGUCGCUGUGCUUCGUCCCUCGGCUGCUCUGCUACCUGCCUCGCAAGCUCCUGAGCUGCGGCCGCCUCCGCUGCCUGCUCAUCGUGGUGGUCGUGCUGGUGCUGCUGGUGGUCGUCAUCGCCGGCGCCCUGCUGAUGUGGCUGAGCGUGGAGCAGCGCCACGCCGACACCGUCCUGCGGGGCGGGAUGUGGGCCGGACCGGCCUGGGAAGAGGACGCGGCCACUUUCUACCUGGACAGCGGGGACGGGAACGCGGCCACGGUCAUCUACGACUACAAGAAUCUGCUGGUGAGCUACAGAGCCCGGCUGCACCGCGCCUGCUACAUGACCCGCGUGGACAAGGACAACAUCCCGGGGCUGGACACCGUGGUCGAGACCUUCCAGCGCCGGCAGGCUGAGGACAGGAUCUCCAUGCCCCUGGCUGACCGCUCCCUCCUGGGCACCACGGCGGGCAUCCUGUGCAGCCUCCUCCCUGUGUACUGGGCUUAGCCCGCGGGGUGGGCAGGGGGCUGCGGGACCCCCGCCCACCCGGCAGCACCCCCACAGCGCCAGCUUUGCCUCGCAGCACCCCCGACAGGCACAGCCCCACUGGGAGCAUCGGCAGCUCCUCUGCGGCCGCCCCCGCGCCCUCCACCCAAAUUUUGGGGUGCGGGGGGUGAGGAGGGGUCAGGGGGUCGGCGCUGGGGGGGCUGCGGGCGCGGGGCCGGGGGCGGAGCGGGGGUGUCUGCGCUGUGCCGGGGGACAGCUGGUUUGUCACUUAAGUCUUCUCAGCUUCGCCAAACUCAAGUGCAAAAAUGAGCUUAAAAAAACAUGACAUUUAAAGAAAA